ACCAUCAAAAUUCUGUUUGUUGUAGUACUCAGAACAAACCAAACGCACAUGAUAAACUCCUGGCCAGUAUGGGGUAUUUAAGUGCGAGACCCACUUAUUUGUCUCUGGUUGAUAUCCUCAAACCAAAACCAAUUUUCCGGAAGAUAGUGUCAUCCAUUUUUCGGAAGAGCAACCUUCCUAAUACACCUGUAGUUCUCUUCAAUGCUUUCCGAAGCCAGGAACCCGAGGGAGCCUUCGAUAGACCAGAGUUAUUCUUCCCCCCACCGGAGGUAGCUACUCCUCCUCCUAAUCAAUGCGGAUUUUAUGGAGGUUUUACCAGUGCCAUUCUUGAUAUAAUUGAAGAGACUCAGGGACAAGUUACGAAUGUGGAGCUCGCGCGGAAGGCUAUGGAAAAAACCAGGAUGCAGGUUGUUCCCGGACUUCAUUGCAAUGACUCCCACCAUGCUUAUGUUCCUUUUAUUUGUUGAAACACAAAUGACAAUAUGUUAAUUCUGUUAAGUACUUAAUCCCAAUGUUCAAGGGGUUAAUUGUGUGAUUAGUUAUGGCUUACCAGAUUAGUAAGCUAGUUAGGUGAGUGGGUCUAUAUAAGGACCUUAUUGUAUCUUUCUCUCACUAUUGAAUAAUAGAAAUACUUU